AUGUCUGACACAGAAUCGUCCCAUCAGAACGCGUACACUAAAGAUGCCGUAACAUCCAAACAUGAUCCGGAAGCAACACUGAAAUCGAUCGUUAUCCAAGGUAAGGAUCUCACUUUAGAACAAUUGGUACAAGUUGCUCGACAUUACUGCAAUGCUGAAUUAUCGACUGACGUCAGUAUCUGUAGUCGAAUGGAAGAAUCGGUCGCCAUCAUUGAUGAGAUUGUAAAUGGAUCACAACCUCUUUAUGGAGUUACGAGCUUGUUUGGCGGUCUUGCUAAUCGACUUGUAUGCAGGGAAUUUGCGGAAGAAUUACAAAAUAAUUUGGUUCGUGCUCAUAAAACUGGCGCUGGUUCCAUUAUGCCACUGGAGGCGAUUAGAGCAGCCAUGAUUUUACGGGUCAACGCUCAUCUUAUUGGUGCUUCUGGAAUCCGUCAAUUGUGGGACGAGCGAUUAGUACGAUUCGUGUCAGAAGGAGUGACUCCGCUGGUUCCCGAGUUUGGUUCAAUAGGAGCAUCUGGUGAUCUUGUUCCGUUAUCUUAUAUUGCCUCUGCUAUUUCGGGUCAAGACGAAACACUUCGUGUCGAUUUUCGAGGUGAAAUAAUCAGUGCGCCUGAAGCUUUACUUAGACUUGGAUAUAAACCGAAACGAUUUCUUCCGAAAGAAGGUUUAGCUAUGUUGAAUGGAACUAGUGUUAUGACAGCGUCAGCUUCAUUGGCCUGUUAUGAUCUUUAUACAUUGAUGGCUGCUACUCUUCACGUCCACGCCAUGGUUCUUCAAGCACUGACUGGUAGUAACCAACCAUUUCAUCCAUUUCUACAGAAAAUCAAAGGCCAUCAGGGACAGGUAAAUAAUAAAAAUUUCGACGUCAAUCUAUUAGAUAGCCAGAUAAGUUAUGAUAGUUUUCGCAAAAACUUUGAAGGAUUGUUUUAG